AUGGUCUUUCUUGGAGAGAAAGAGAUGGUAGCAGGUAGCAUUCAUUCCCGCUACAGCAUCGCAAGCAGCUCCAGCACCAUAAUAGAAGGGCUGGAGGCUCAUGAAGGAAUUGAGGCUCCCUUAAUUAUCACUCUCUUUCUCCCUGCUCUAAAUCCAUUCCUGGUACAGCUUCAAGAAGGAGUUUGCUUUGUUUUUCUUUUUCAGGAUGCUUCGUCUGCAGACAUUCGGAAAGCAUAUCGAAAGCUUUCACUAAUUUUACACCCAGACAAGAAUAAAGAUGAAAAUGCAGAAACACAGUUUAGGCAAUUGGUGGCCAUCUAUGAGGUUUUAAAGGAUGAAGAAAGGAGGCAGAGGUAUGAUGAUAUUCUGAUCAAUGGACUACCAGAUUGGCGACAGCCUGUAUUCUACUACAGGCGGGUGAGAAAAAUGAGCAAUGCUGAGCUGGCAUUACUCUUGUUCAUUAUACUCACAGUGGGUCAUUAUGCUGUGGUUUGGUCAAUCUACCUGGAAAAACAGCUGGAUGAACUGCUUAGCAGAAAAAAGAGGGAGAAGAAGAAAAAAACAGGCAGCAGGAGUACAGAUGAAGCCAAACUUGCAGCUCUAGACAAAAAUGAAAGAAUACUGGACAAACCACAGUGGCAUGACUUACUUCCAUGCAAGCUGGGAAUAUGGUUCUGUCUCACUGUGAAAGCUUUACCUCAGCUAUUCCAGGAUGCCAGACAAUUAUAUGUAGAAUAUAAAGAAACAAAAAUGAAGGCGAAAGAAGAUGCCCUGGCUAAGGCUGAACUUGAAACACUUCAGAAGGAGAAGAAGCCCAAAAUCAAGAAACCAAAAUCAGAAUUCCCUGUAUACGCAGUUCUGGAGUCAAGUGCGUAUAUACCAUCAUAUGAUCAUGGAGCUUCAAUUGAAGAGAUUGAGGAACAGAUGGAUGAUUGGUUGGGAGGCAGGAACAGAACACAAAAAAAGAAGGCACCUGAAUGGACAGAGGAGGACCUCAGCCAGCUGACAAGAAGUAUGGUUAAGUUCCCAGGGGGGACCCCAGGUCGAUGGGAAAAGAUUGCUCACGAAUUGGGUCGAUCAGUGGCAGAUGUUACGAUGAAAGCCAAACAAGUGAAGGAUUCAGUUACAUAUACACCAGGUAUCAUUAGGCUCUCCGAGCUUAAAACCCUGGCCCAGAAUUCCAAGAAUGUCAAAGUCAACGUGAAUUUGCCAGACCACAUAAUCACCCAGCGAGAAAGGGAGGAGGAAGAGGAGGAGGAGGAGGAGGAGGGGAACUACGAUCAGACCCCAGAGCAGAUGGAUGUCCAAACAGAUCAAAAAGAGACCAUUGCAAGUGAAACUAGACACCGCAAACGAAAAAUUAUCAAAGCACCUGAAAUGACUCCACCAACAAUGAAAGAGGUACCAGAAGAGAAGGGCAGAGGAAGACGCCAGAAAGAUUUUGAUAACGCUGAGCAAGAGGAAGAGAGUGAUGAUGAGAGCAGAAAAAGAGAGAAAAGCCGUGCCCCAGAAGAACUGUGGACUCAAAAUCAACAGAAACUUCUUGAAAUGGCCUUGCAGCAGUAUCCAAAGGGAACAUCGGAUCGCUGGGAUAAAAUAGCAAAAUGUGUUCCUGGAAAAAGCAAGGAGGAGUGUAUAGCAAGAUACAAGUUGCUUGUUGAACUGGUACAAAAGAAAAAAAUGGCUAAAAGCUGAAUGUUUUGAGCAGGAGAGAUUUAGCUCAUCUUUGUCAAAAUGGGGUUUUAAAUCUCAUAUGCAGGGAACUGCAUUUUUGUACCUCAGUAUUUCUAUACGUCAUGUGCCUUAGUAAAAGAAAAUAUCAAUAAACCUUAUAGCAUCCUAC